UGGGGCAACGGCACCGCCUGGGCCCCCCUGCCCGGCCACGGGGCCAACGAGACGGGGCCGCAGCGGGCCAAGAACGUCACCUCCAUCCUCAUCGCCAUCGUCAUCACCGCGCUCUACUCCGUGGUGUGUGUGGUGGGGCUGCUGGGCAACGUCCUGGUCAUGUACGGCAUCGUCAGGUACACCAAGAUGAAGACAGCCACCAACAUCUACAUCUUCAACCUGGCCCUGGCAGAUGCACUGGCCACCAGCACGCUGCCCUUCCAAAGUGCCAAGUACCUGAUGGAGACCUGGCCCUUUGGGGAGCUGCUCUGCAAAAUCGUGCUCUCCAUUGACUACUACAACAUGUUCACCAGUAUCUUCACCCUCACCAUGAUGAGCGUGGACCGCUACGUCGCCGUGUGCCACCCGGUUAAGGCCCUGGACUUCCGCACACCAGCCAAGGCCAAGAUCAUCAAUGUCUGCAUCUGGGUGCUCUCCUCCCUCAUUGGGGUGCCCAUCAUGGCCAUGGCGGUCACCAAGUCAAAAGAUGGGAUGGUGCUCUGCACACUCCAGUUUCCUGAUCCUCCCAUCUAUUGGGACACCGUGACCAAGAUCUGUGUCUUCAUCUUUGCCUUCAUGGUGCCCAUCUUGGUCAUCACCAUCUGUUAUGGGUUGAUGAUCCUUCGCCUGAAGAGCGUCCGCCUCCUCUCAGGCUCCAAGGAGAAAGACCGCAACUUGCGGCGCAUCACACGCAUGGUGCUGGUGGUGGUGGCAGCUUUCAUCAUCUGCUGGACGCCCAUCCACAUCUUUGUCAUCGUCUGGACGCUGGUGGACAUAGAUAAGAAGAAUCCCUACGUGGUGGCCAGCUUGCAUUUCUGCAUCGCCCUGGGUUACACCAACAGCAGCCUCAACCCCGUCCUUUACGCUUUCCUGGAUGAGAAUUUCAAGAGGUGUUUCCGGGAGUUCUGCCUGCCCUUCCGAGCCCGCGUGGACCAGAACAGCUUCUCCCGCGCCAGAAACACCACGCGGGAGCACGUCUCCACCUGCACCCCUUCUGAAGCCCACAACAAGCCGGCAUGACUAGACGUGGGCAGCCUCCAGCGAGGCUG